UAGCGCUCCGGAUCAGAAAGUGGAGUUUGUGGUACUUGCUGAAUCCGGAUUCCCUCCUGACACCGCGCUAUAGAGAAGCCAUUUGUUAAUCGCUGCAGCGAGGCGCUUUUGCAAGCGGAACCAUGGAUCUGAGUUCAGGGAUUCAAAAAGUGUCAAUUACCCAUCAACCAUCAGGAAGAGGAGUGCCUUGUUUGAAAUGCAGAGAAAAGUGUGCUGGUUUUGAACCACAUUCUUGGAGGAAAAUAUGCAAGUCAUGCAAAUGCAGCCAGGAAGAUCACAGCCUGAGCUCUGAUGCAGAAGAUGAUCGGAAAAUUGGCCGCUUGCUUGCUGAUUCAAAAUAUUCUUCGCUCACUGCUCGGGUAAAAGGAGGCGAUGGAAUCCGCAUCUAUAAACGGAACCGCAUGAUUAUCACUAAUCCUAUAGUAUCUCGGAAAGAUCCAACUUUUGACACUGUUACAUAUGAAUGGGCUCCACCUGGAUUGACUCAGAAACUGGCGACCCAGUAUAUGAGUUUGAUUUCAAAGGAAAUGCAACCCGUAGCUGGCACAGAAGGUGCUUAUUACCGUCGUAGAAGGUUGAUGAGGCAACUUCCUCUUUAUGAUCAGGACCCUUCCCAAUGUCGGGGCCUUUCGGAGAAUGAAAUCAAGCUGAUGGAGGAGUUUAUAAAACAAUAUAAAGACAAUGCUCUUGGAGUCGGAGAAGUUGCACUGCUGGGUCAAGGGGGAGCUACCAAAGAGGAAGGAAAGCAAUCUGAUAAAAACACUCCAGCAAGUAAGGAAGCCGCUUCAACCAAUGGCACGUUGGGCCAUCCAUCAAAAGGGCAGGACUUGUGUUGCGACUUCUGUAAGCAGGUGUUACCUGCUGAGCUUCCGGUAGUGUAUGCAGAUCGAGCCGGCUACAAUCACCAGUGGCAUCCAGCAUGCUUUAUGUGUUCUAAGUGCUCUGAACCACUUGUUGACUUGAUCUACUUCUGGAACAAUGGAGCCAUCUGGUGUGGACGGCAUUACUGUGACAGCAUAAGGCCACGCUGCGCAGCUUGUGAUGAGAUAAUAUUUUCUGAUGACUACCUGCAAACUGAAGGCCUUACCUGGCACAAACAGCAUUUCACCUGCCUGGAAUGUGAGAGCUCGCUGGCUGGCAAACCCUUUAUCCUGGAGACAGCCAGCCUGUGGUGUACCUCUUGCAGUAAAAACAAGCUCCCUUAAACUGGG